AUGGAUUUUGAUACGAUGGCGACUAAUGUCAAGCGGGAUGUAUUUCCUCGCACCAGUGCCGCACUAACAUCUCACAAGGACGAUGCGUUUUUUGAGUUUUCUUUUCCCAUUUACGUUUGUUCGGUGUCACCCUUGCAACAAUCCCUUUUUGAGAUACUGCCCUUCAUAAUGGAAUUGGGUAGGCGCAUGAUUAAGGAAUCCAUCCCGAAGCUAUUUCAGUGA